CUCUUCCUCUCUCUUUCUUUUCAUUCCUUCUUCUUUAGAGAUUGAGAGAGAAAAAUAUCACCAUUUUCAACGAUAGAACUCGCCGGAGAAUUCAGUUAGCUUCUCGCCGGAGAAUUCAGUUUCAAUAUGUCAACGUCGCCGGCGCCGACAUCGCCUCCAACCAACACCACUUCUCCGCCUCCUCCGGCUACAUCUCCUCCUCCAACCAGCUCACCUCCACCUCCGGUUGUUACUCCACCUCCGCCUACAGCUCCGGCACCGUCUCCUCCGCCUCCUGUCACACCUACUACAUCUCCGCCUCCGCCGGUAACAACUUCUCCACCGCCGGCUUCGUCAGCAACUCCAUCGUCUCCUCCUCCGCCUGCUUCGUCAACAACUCCAUCUCCCCCUCCUCCUUCGUCAACAACUCCAUCGUCUCCCUCUCCUCCUUCGUCAACAACUCCAUCGUCUCCUCCUCCGCCGGCGACCGCCGGAUCAACUCCUGGCGGCACUACUUCCUCGCCUCCUCCUCCUUCUUCGUCUACAAACUCAUCUACGAGCUCCAAUUCAUCGACUAUAUCGACAGGACUUGUUGUUGGAAUCGCUAUUGGCGGCAUUGCAAUUAUUGCACUUUUGACUCUUCUAUUGAUUUGUUUUUGCAAGAAGAAGAGAAGGAGAGAAGACGAUUACUACGUUCCGCCUCCUCAUGUUCAUGGUCCUAAAGAUGGCGGCAGGAUCAUCCAAGGGCAGCAAAACGUUCCUCCACCAGCCAGCUAUGCAGUCUCAAUGUUACCGCCAACCUCUCCCUACCGUCCUCCUCCUCCUCCAGCACCACAAGCGCAACACCAUAUAAGCAGCGGCGGAGGAUCGGGAGAAUCAUCGUCACUGCCACCACCUUCUCCAGGGAUGUUCUCAAAGAGCACUUUCACUUACGAGGAAUUAUCAAUUGCUACUAAUGGCUUUUCAGAGGCUAACCUUCUUGGACAAGGUGGAUUUGGAUAUGUUCACAAAGGUGUUCUUCCUAAUGGAAAAGAAGUGGCGAUUAAGCAGCUUAAAGCUGGAAGUGGACAAGGAGAUCGCGAAUUUCAUGCUGAGGUUGACACUAUUAGUCGUGUCCAUCAUAAACAUCUCGUCUCUUUGGUUGGAUAUUGCACCACUGGUUCACAAAGAUUGCUCGUUUACGAGUUUCUUCCUAACGAUACAUUAGAAUUCCAUUUACAUGGAAAGGGAAGACCUCCAAUGGACUGGUCAACAAGACUCAAAAUUGCUCUAGGGGCUGCAAAAGGAUUUGCAUAUCUACACGAAGACUGCCAUCCGAAAAUCAUCCAUCGCGAUAUUAAGGCAUCCAACAUUCUCCUGGAUUUCAACUUCGAGGCCAUGGUUGCUGAUUUUGGACUUGCAAAGUUUACUUCUGAAGUUGAAACUCAUGUCUCAACUCGAGUCAUGGGUACCUUCGGAUACCUAGCUCCAGAAUAUGCUUCGUCGGGGAAACUGACAGACAAGUCCGAUGUUUUCUCAUUUGGUGUUGUGCUUUUAGAAUUGAUUACUGGGCGUCGUCCUGUUGAUUCUAGUUUUGCUUACACAGAUGAUAGUUUGGUUGAUUGGGCUAGGCCUUUGUUGACACGAGCUUUAGACGAUGGGAAUUUUGAUUCUCUAGUCGACCCACGAUUGCAGAAGGAUUACAAUCACAGCGAGAUGUCUCGCAUGGUUGCUUGUGCUGCAGCUUGUGUUCGCCACUCAGCACGACGUAGACCUAGAAUGAGUCAGGUUGUGAGGGCAUUAGAAGGAGAUGUAUCGUUGGCUGAUCUAAACGAAGGAAUCAAGCCUGGACACAGUACAGUAUACAGUUCUCAUGAAAGUUCUGAUUACGAUACAAGCCAAUACAAUGAAGAUAUGAAGAAAUUUAGGAAGAUGGCUUUCGAAACACAGGAACAGGGAAGUAGUGAGUACAGUGGAGGAAAAACUACGAGCGAAUAUGGUUUGAAUCCAUCCGGUUCAAGCAGUGAAGUUAACACGAGAGAAAUGGAAAUGGGGAAGUUGAAGAAAGACAGUUCAGGGUUCGGUAUUGGAAGUUAAUUGUAAAACCUUAAAUUCUUAUACAAAGCAAUUUGUUUGUGUAUUUUAUUGCCAGAUAUAUAAGUUUCAAUUCUUUAUUUUAAAUUUAUUGGUUGAGAAUA